GAAAAUUCGCUAUAAGUCUUACGUAUGUUGUUUUGAAAAAAAAAWUUUUCCAAAGUAUCUGGGUAAAAAAAUAAACAUGUUUUGACAGCUGUGGUUAUGGGCAACGUAUUGCGGUUUAAAUGUAUAGACUGUGCGAACGCAGACCAACGACAACGCAGAAAAAUUACUGUGCUCCUGGUUGGUCUGGACAACGCUGGAAAAACUUGUACCGUUAAAAGUAUUAUGAAAGAAAAGCAAAAAAAUAUUCUUUCGACUGUUGGGUUUUCGUCUUCCAAAUGUAAUUAUCACGACAACGCUAUAACUAUUUACGAUUUAGGUGGUCACAAACAAAUCAGAGAUAUAUGGAAGCAGUAUUUUGCUGAUGUACACGGUGUAAUAUUUGUGGUGGAUUCGGCAGAUCUUAGUCGGUUAGAUGAAUGCAAAGAAGUUUUYCAUAAUUUACUAGGACAUGAAAAUAUUGCCGGAAAACCAGUACUGUUAUUUGCUAAUAAGCAAGACAAACCAGGGGCGUUAGAUGAGUUGGACAUAGUAGAUCGAUUAAAUGUAGAGGCUGUUGUGAAUGCGAAUAAGUGUCCAACACUUGUAGAAACAUGUACAGCUCUUCAUACUGCACCUAUUAAUUACUGUAGUUCUGCUUUUAUUGAUCCGAGCAUUGAUAGCGGAUUUAGUUGGCUGAUAUUACAAAUUGUAAAACUAUAUGAUACGCUCAACCGUCGUGUCAUAGAAGAUAUGGCACAGUAUAAAGCUCAAGUGGAUAAAAAAAUUGAAGAGUGGAAAAAAAAUCAACAGAAUUCAAACGAAUCAUAUUUACUUUCGUUUAACGCACCUCAUCGGAGAUCUACCAAACGCAAUCCGUUCAGGCGAAUUAACAAAGUCAUAGAUAGUUUUGAUUCAAAAACAUCAAACCCGACGACUGAAAUGGGAAGUACAUCAUAUAUUAUACCACUCAGAAGCGAGUCAGAUGAGGAGUACGAACCACCUGAUUUUCAACCACAGCCUGAGCCAACUGCAUUCCGAAAUAAAGUCGCCCCGACAUUAUUGACAAAAAUACAAACAGAACCAAUACCAUCGGCCAAAUCACGAUCACCGCUUUUCAGGGCCAAGUCCAGAGAGUAUGAUAGGAAUUUGGCCGAAACCGUAACRACCACCUCUAAUACCACUACCUCCAUUACCACCACGAACUCGACUGAAAWGUUUAUUCAAAACGAAUCUGGCACAGCAAAAAUGAGACGAUCUAUUUUUAGCAAUAAGUCAAAUUCAGCUGGUACUAGUGGUAGUGGUCCCACUCGUCCCUCAAAACCUAAUCGGUCGUCUAGCGCAAAAUCAUCGAAGAACAGUGAUUUGUCUAACAAACAUGAUGAUAAUUAUAGAUCGGAAAAGUUGCAUCAAAAUGAUGAAGAAGACGUGGUGGUUCAACAACCCGAUGUAUCGACUGUUAGUCCAGAAAUUAUAAGCCACAUAUGAAUAUUGAAUAUGGCUGAUGAUUAUAAACAUAUAACUUAUUAUACAUUUUUAACGAUUUUAUUGUUUUAUUAA